AUGGUGCAGAAGAGUGUCUUGGCUACGGCCGCCUUAGUGGCUGGCUCGGCAGCACAGUUUGCACAGUUUGCUUCCAAUGACUACGCAUUAGCUGUCAAUGUGCCCUCAGACACGGCAUCAUCCGGGAGCGGCUCACUAUUUUGGCAAAUCAGUGCCCCUAGUGGCACGCAAUGGGUCGCUUUUGGCCAGGGCUCUGCCAUGGCGGGGGCCAAUAUGAUGGUGGUGUAUGCGGCCGACAGCAACAACGUGACCGUGUCGCCCAGACUGGGCACCGGCCACGUUCAACCAAAGUUUAACUCGGACGCCUCGAUCUCGGUGCUAGAAGGAAGCGGUAUUGCAUCAGACGGCUCGCUCGUUGCCAACAUCCGCUGUGACAGUUGCCUCAGCUGGAGUGGUGGAAGCAUGAGCCCCACCGAUUCCUCCAGCAGUUGGAUCUUUGCCUUCAAAACGGGAGACGCUCUUGACUCGACAGACACAUCUGCCACCAUCACGCAGCACGACACCGAGGGUACAUUCAGCUUGGACCUGACUCAAGGUACUGGCGGCAGCUCAUCGAACCCAUUCGUGGCAGCUUCGAGUGGUUCGUCCUCGUCCUCGUCCUCGUCCUCCUCCGCAGCCUCGUCCUCCGCAGCCUCGUCCUCCGCAGCCUCGUCAGCAACGCCAUCUGCCUCUGGUUCUCAAACCACGAGUGCAUCGCCUGCCACCACAACGGAGUCGGGCACAGCCACCGCCAGCACCGUGGUCACUCCGACUGGAGGGGUGUCAAAUCCUAUUGUGAGCUCCAACCCGUCCUCGUCGAGCGGAACAGUGGUCAGCGACGACUCUGACGACAACAUCCGGACCGCCCACGCCGUUAUUAUGCCCCUGGUCUUUGUGGUCAUGUUCCCCUUGGCGGCUUUGACGCUUUACCUCCCCUACAGCAACAAAGUCCGACACAUCCAUGCCCCGUUGCAAGUCCUCAGCUUGAUCUUGAUGAUUGUCGGUCUGGGUCUGGGCGUCCAACUCGGCAAACAGGUCGACAACCUGGACGGCUACCAUAUGGUCAUUGGAUACAUCCUCGUCGCAUGGAUGGGUGUCUUCCAGCCUACCCUCGGUCUCCUUCAGCACAUCCAUUUCCGCAGGUACGGCACCCGGAGUGCUUACGGCCAAACCCACCGUUGGCUCGGCCGCGCAAUGAUCAUGCUCGGUGUCAUCAACGGUGGAUUGGGAUUCAAGACUGCGGGAAACAUUGGCAGCGACGACGUCCCCACCUACUCUGUCGCCGUCUAUAGCGUCUUCGCCGUCGUCGUCUUCAUCAUCUACCUCGUCGUGCUCUUCUUCCCACGAGACUCGCAGAGCCCGCAGUCGAGCCUCUCAGGGGAAAAGCCUCGGCCGAGAAUCGACGGUUACGAGAUGCAUGGUCGCUCUUCCGAUGGCGCUCGACCGCUCCGUGGUUGA